GCAAGGAGUCUUAGCCAAGUAUUUUACACAAUGUUUGCCAAAAGGGUAGAUCAAGAGGAUAGGGUUCCAGAAGAUAUAUUAGUUGGCUUACUCUCAAGACUACCUGCAAAAUCCAUUGGUCGAUUUCGGUGCGCAUCAAAGGCAUGGAAAUCUCUUCUUUCCCAACCCUAUUUCACCAAAACCCACCUCAAACGAAUCAAACAUAUCCAAAUUGAACAAGAAUCAGCAAUAAUCCUUGUUUGCCGUGAUUCUGGGUCGCUGUAUUCCGUCCAGAUUAAAAAUGCCCAGCACCAGGUCAAUGAAAUCACAAUUUCUGCAACCAAGCUCACAUUUGGUAAUCACCGUUUUCGUUCGUCCUCGUCCUCGUCCUCGAUUCAAAUGGGUUCUUGUGAUGGGUUGGUCAUAAUUAAAGAUGAAGAAGACAAGUUGGUGUUAAUAAAUCCAACAACAAGGGAGUUUAAGGAAUUGCCAAGCUCCCUUGAUGUUGUUCGUCCUCUUAGAUGGGGAAUCGGGUAUGACUCGAUUAGUGAUGAUUAUAAGGUAAUUGUAAUUUCUUAUUAUGGAAGUGAUGAUAUGAUGUUUGUUAACAUUUAUUCAGUUAGAAAUGAUAGUUGGAAAAGAGUUGAAAAUUGUCCAUUUAGACAUGAAGUGGGCGAUUCAUUGGUUUUCGUUGAUGGGUAUAUGUAUUGGUUGGUUGAUACAGAGGAGACAAUUGCAGCAUUUGAUUUAGAAGAAGAGGAGUUUAAUGAUCUAACAUUGUCUGGUUAUGAUGAUACUAUUAGGAACGACGACUCAACAGACUCUGUAUCUAAGGCGCAGCUUGAGAACCUGGUGGCACUUGGAGGGUGUCUUUGUUUUUACCCAGAAAGUGUUACAGACACAUGUGACGAUAUGUUUGUUGGGAUGAUGGAAGAAAAAAAUGGCAAGGAAUGUUGGACUAGAAUCACAUUCAAUGAUGAAUUUGGGUCAUUUUUUAGGCCUAUAUGUUUGUUGGAGAGGAAACAAUUGGUUCUGGAGAUGGAUGAUGAAUUGAAGAUGUAUGAUUUUGAACAAGAAACUUUUAAGGAUAUUGUAGUUGAUGGCAUUCCAGAUGAUUAUGGCAUUGGUGGGAGCUUCAUGGAGACUCUUAUCUCGCCUCAUUGCACUAGUCAAGUAGUACGGAGUACUCCAUAGUAGUAUGUAUUUGAUGCUUAAGUUGAAGUAUUUUUUUACAUGAUUGUUGAACUUCUUAUUGCCCAGUUUCUUGAUGAUAGUUGUUGCUCUAAGAAACUUGUAAUGUUUUAUUUAUGCACCACAUAUCACACUAUUCCACUAAUUAAAUAUGCUUUGGUA